AACCUCCCCCUUCUCCCUUUGUCUCAAUAUCGGUCUUUCCUUUUCUGUCUCUCUCUCCCUCCUCCAUCUGUCUCCAUGUCUAUCUCUGUAACUGCCUGUCUGUCUCAGUCUGUUUCUAUCUGUCAGUCUCUUGCCAAGCAUUGAUUUUAUAAGACACCCGGGAAAGGGAAGGAUUGGAAAGAGGACCAAUAAAACUUCAGAUAAAGUUUCGCCGGAAGUUCAAAGCCCCGAGGUUUCUCAUAUUUCGGGGUGGCCAAAGAUAGUUCCUCCGUAGCAGGUCUCCAGCGUGGUCGAGGCUGUCAGUGUGUGCCCCCGUUUGGCCGAUGGCUGAAGCCCGGCGGCUGGAAGAAGAAGAGGAAGAGCUGCGGGAGCGCAGAGAGCUCGGAGCCUCUAGGAGAGUUCGGUGCCGAGCUCACUCCAGUCACUCGGGGGCAGAUUGCAGUGAAAGAAAUAAACCAGAACACCGUUCUUCAAGUCAAGGACCCUUGUCAUCCAUUAGAGCUGCAAUCAAGAGAACUUCUAGGACUUCUGUUCAUGGUGAUCCACAUCGAGACAGGAGGCGACCUGAAAUCACCAUUGUGGCUGCUGAACCCCUCAGACCAGCUUCUUGGUUCCCAGGGACCCCACCAGGAUUAGGGUUCCCACCUUCUCCUGUUGCAAGUCCAUGGAGAGCAAGUGAGCUUAUUCCUGCUGAGCUUCCUCCAUCUUAUGAGCAAGUGAUAAAAGAAAUCAACCAAGUCCAAGUUAGUACUGGGAGUAAUAGUAAUGCUCCCACAACACCAAGGAGAACCAUCACAUCUGCAACUCAGACAGACUUUCCAGAGGAGAUAGGCAACUCCCUUUCUGAAAGUAAUGCUAAGACGACAGCUGCCCCUGGAAAAUCCAACCCAGUUCUAGUAGUCCAGCCUUUAAAGCCAUCUCCACUAUCUUCGACCAAUAAUCUUUUGAAAGAUGUGGCUCCUUUAAUUGUCUUUGAUGUCGUUGAAGAACAGACUUGCCAAGACAUCCCCAAUGUUGGAACAUGUCCAGUGCCCAAGCCAAGAUCAAAAACCAAUCUCAAACCUCUAGUCAGAGAUACUCCAAGCAACCUAAAAGACCAUCAGGAAACUAGUCAACCAACAGUAAAGCAGGAAGCAUCACCAAGUCAGUCCCUGUCCUUAUUAGAUGGGAACAACUUGGGAAGUCCAACAGUGAUAAACAGUAUGAACACAGAAAGAAACCAAGCUAGUGUUAUUUCAAGGAUCAAAGCUUUUGAAUCCCAACCAAAUGCUGAAACCUCAGGAUUAUCUAGGAAACCUGAAAUUGCUCCCCGGACAUUUCCCCCAAGGCCUGCCAUUCCUGCAGGAAAACCUAGUGUGGCUCCAAAGCCAGCCAUCAAUAGAGCUUCUGGAGAAUGGGACACAUGGACUGAAAACAAACUUAAGGUUGCCUCCAAGGAAGGACCUUCUCCCCAAUCACACCCACCAGAAGUGGGAGGCAUCCCAGUAACCAAACCUGAAUUGCCAAAGAAACCAAAGGCUGGCAUUGUACCGAAUAUUAGUAAUGGGCCACUGGACAUUCUGGGAAGCAGGUUAUCAGUAGAGAUCCCCGAAAAGGAGAAGAGAAUUCCAACUCCAGCACCACGGCCUUUACCACCCAAGAAAUUACCUCUCUUAGAAGACCCUGCCUUUCCUGCACCUCCAUCGAAACCAGUCACUGCUUCUCCUAGGCUCUCUGUGGCAGCCCAGGCCAGAGCUUUCAGGUCCCUGGGGGAAGGACCAACAGCAAACUCAACUCAUCGCCCAACAGUGGUGGAAGGUGAUCUUAUCAGCUUUGAUGAUGAUGUUUUACCUGCACCAGCAGCUAACCUAGCUGAAGAGCACCUGAGUUCAGAGGUGGACCUGGCUCAUUUUACAGAUGAGGAAAGUGAAGAAAACAAAGUGGAGUGGCUUGCCCAGGAUCUCACAGCUAAUCCCUUUCAGCUCCCCACAAAAGCCGAACCGCCAAAGGAACGAGUUGUCCAACCAGCGCCCACACGAAAGCCUACUGUGAUCCGGAUCCCAGCCAAACCAGGGAAAUUGUUGCAAGAUGACCCACAGAGCCCACCACCUCUACCUGCUGAAAAGCCUAUUGGAAAUACUUCUGGUGCAACUCCUGGAAAACUCAGUAACGCUGAAAGAACCAGAUGCUUGGAUUCUGAGCCCUCACUUCAAACAGGAAGUUCUUCUAAAGGACCUGUGCUGCCCCCAAGGCCCAUAGAUGGAAAAGUCGUCCCAGCUCGACCUCCACCCCCAAAGGGGGCUCCUGGGAGGCCACCGCCACCCAAGCUCUCGGGAUCGAAGGUGUCUCAGAAACAAGUUUUUUGUCGCUCUUCGUCUGAUGUGAAUCUCCAGAAUAAACAAAGUGCCUUAACAAUGGGACUCACAAGGGCCAAAAGCCAAAUUGUACAGAAGCAAGAACCAGUGUUGCCUCCCCGACCCAAGCCGGGCCACCCCCUCUACAAAAAAUACAUGCUGCCUGUGCCUCAUGGAGUUGCCAAUGAAGAUACUGUUUCUCGAAACCCUGGAGAGCUCUCUUGUAAGCGUGGAGAGGUGCUAAUGCUGCUGGAUCAGACUGAAGACAGUUACUUGCAAUGCCAAAAGGGAGAGGAAAUAGGCAGAGUUCACUUGUCGCAGAUGAAGAUUAUCACCCCUCUUGAUGAAUAUGUUAAAAGCAGAUCAAAAGAUACCACCAGUAUGCAGAAGUCUGUCGACAGUAAUGCACCUCAUGCCCUGGUACUACACGAUUUUCCAGCAGAGCAAGCUGAUGACUUGAACCUCACUUCUGGAGAGACUGUUUAUCUUCUGGAAAAAAUAGAUAGCGAUUGGUACCGAGGAAAAUGUAGAAACCAGACUGGCAUAUUUCCUGCUAACUAUGUCAAAGUCAUUAUUGAUGUUCCUGAAGGAAGUAAUGGGAAAAAAGGAUCCAUUUCAUCCCACUGUGUGAUAGGUCCCAGAUGUGUGGCUCGGUUUGAAUACAUUGGAGACCAAAAGGAUGAGUUAAGUUUCUCAGAAGGAGAGAUGAUUAUCCUUAAAGAAUAUGUCAACGAUGAAUGGGCCCGAGGAGAACGGAACGGCAAAACGGGGAUUUUCCCACUUAACUUUGUUGAAAUUAUUGAGGAUUUGUCUGAGCACAGCACCAACAUAGCUGCAGAUUCAAGUAUAAGAAGUCCGGUGAAUAUGAGGAGCAAUGCUUCGGGUGCAUACUUAAAGAGGGAUCAUUGUUCAGGAGAAUGGUGUGAAGCCCUCCAUGAUUUUACAGCAGAAACUAAUGAAGACUUGCCCUUUAAAAAGGGAGACCGCAUCCUAAUUAUUGAGCAUCUGGACUCUGAUUGGUAUAGAGGCAGAUUGAACAACACUGAAGGAAUCUUCCCAGCAGCCUUUGUUCAGCCUUGCCUUGGUUCCAUAGCUGAGGCAAAGUUGAUAUCUGCUUCAGGACAGAAGAAAGAAAAGGCCAAGGCUUUAUAUGAUUUCCAUGGAGAAAAUGAAGAUGAGCUUUCCUUCAAGGCUGGUGAUAUAAUAACAGAGCUGGAAUCUGUAGAUGAAGACUGGAUGAGUGGAGAACGAGCAGGAAAAUCUGGAAUAUUUCCCAAAAACUAUAUUCAGGUUCUACAAGCAUCCUAAGAAUGAACCUUGUUUAUCCAAAGGGAAGAAGCACAUGAUUCAUCCCGAAAAAAUGUCCCUUGCCUUUGGUAUCACUUGAACUAUUACUUUGACUAUCAAAUAUAUGUUUUUGCACUAUUUUUUUUUACUGUAAGCAAAACGUGUAACAUGGUACCCUAGAAUUUCCUGAAAGUGGCAAGAUUCUGGGUUUUGUUUUCCAUUUUUAUUGAUGCUAGAAGCGUGUACAUAGUAAACCCACACCCUGCGGAGGCUCUCAAAGAACCCAAGCAGAAUUAGCUGGGUUAUUUCUAGUUUCCAGCAGGAGAAACUGACACAGUGGGAAGAUCUUUCAAGCAGUCAGCAAGCUUGAAUAGUUGGAGUGUUAACAGUACAAGCAAAUUAACCUUGCUUAUUAAUUCUUUCCUUUAAAAAGAUAACAUUUAUGCUUUCUCCAUAUCUUAACUAUCAUGAUAUGAUUGGUAACAAACUACACUUUUGAUAUUCAAACGUAAUUCAAAGAGCUUGGGUACAUAUCCUUUAUUUUAAGGGCAAGUCCCUGCUUUAUGGCGGGAAGGCUCAUGAAAACCUUCCAAGCACAGGAGGGUAAUAAAGCCCUGGGAUGGCCCUGUUCAAAGGCUGUAGCCUCCAACAGUGACUGGGAGGGAAGAAGCAAAGAAUGAUACAUUUUAAUCUUUAUGACUUUCUUGCCAUGUAAAGCCUCCAAACCACCUUUGAAAUAUGCCUCGCCAACGUUCCUAACACUUCCUGCCUUCCAGAGUUCUUUCCCACCUAAACGUAUGCUUUACAUGAUUAGGGCUAUCACCGAGCACAGUUCCUGCAUCUGAGAAUACUCCUGUGACAAUUACUGGUAUCCAGAGAAAAAUUCAUUUUCUUCGAAUUACCUCAGUAAUACAUAAGCUGUGGCUGGUUCGGUCGCUGCAUUUAAGUCUUAGGCUGCAGAGCAACUGUCAAAACAGCCCACAAUGCAGAUCCCCAAAGCGAAUUUCUUCCCAGAGCUGAAGUAAAUUAGCCCUGGAGAUCAUUUCACCCCAGUACUUUUUUUGUUUAUCUUUUUCCUGCUUCUCCUUGCACAGAGACUAAAAGAAGUAAAGCCACUCCUGCUAGCAGUCAUGAUGGAUUCCAGGCACCUGGUCAAAGUGGUUGAUUUAUAAGACCAAAUCAAUUAUAAUUUGUGAACCCGAACCAAGAAAGUUGAAGACAAUCUUCCAAACACGUUGGCAGAAGAGAAAUAUGUUUAGAAAUAUAAAACUUUCCAAAGUAUGUUGGCGGAGUUGGUGGGGGAAGAAGUUUCUAUAAAUCUGAUGCCCAGUGCUUAGAACCUUUCAGCUCUUGUUAUUAUAGCCUUCCAUCAACCAAAAAAAAUCAAUCCAUCAAUAGUCCAUUAUGUGCCCAACACUGUAUGUGCAAUCAUCAACUUACUAAUAGGUUUAGAAGUCAUUUUUUAUCGUUGUUCCUUGGGGUUGGUGGUAGGGGCUCUCUGCAGCAGGGUUCUGGUAGAUGGGGUGUUAGGAGUGGGAAUGGGGCACUGCGGAAGAUUUAAGAGACCCAGGGUUAAGCAGCUGUGGGGCUGGACCUCUUGCUGAUUGUAUUUACUAUCCGGUGUUUUUUUUUUUACCCACAAUUCCACCUUUGCCUGAGAUUUCUUUUUAGUAUUUUCAAGUUAAUAUUCUCUGUAAUUUGUAUGAAAACCCAAUUUGGGGUUGAGGGGGAAUCCUUUGGGUUUUUAAAAGGACUGAAUAAGAAAUUUUAAUAACUGUAAAUCCAGUUGAAGUGGUAGCAACCUUACCUAAAAAGACUUCUGCAAGUCUCUUUCCUCAUAUAACAGCCUUUUAAAUCUGUGAAUACUUAAAGUUUAGAGAUAUCUUUCUUUUCAAGUCAGUUCACAAAGGUUCCUGGGAAACAGCAAAGCUGCCUGAAUUAUUAGACAACCAGUUCCAGAGACAGAGCUUGCCAUACUUGAUCAUUUCAUUCUGCCAGUGGGCUUGUGGAUUUUCACAGGUUCCACCACCAAGUGGUGUGUGUGGCCUUUUAAUUCAAGGCAAAAGUCACCUAGGGCUCAAUGAUUGCUGUAAAAUGGAGUCACAGGCUCUACCUCCAUGCUAAAGCCAAGGAUGUCAUCAAGAAACUCAAAGAUUUGGGUGAAAAUUGAGAAGAAAGUCUACUUGAUACAGGGUGUUACCAUUCCUUGCCUCUCUUCAGAAUUAAGUUUUUCUAGUCAAGGUUACUGAAGAUGUCAUUUAGGGAAAUGUUUACAGAAUUGAAUUGUUUAAAUUAAAAACCCUUUUCUGUACAAUGCUCAGCAUACUCAAUCCAAGUUAAAAGGCUAAGUUUUUUAAAGGGGAGUUUGAGAGAGAUUACUCAGUAUGACUUUCUCUUUUGACUCCAAAGCACACUUUCCUAAGAAUGAGGCCACCAUAAAAGAUGUCCCAUUUUAUGUGGCCCAGUGGGACACGGUCACACCUAUUUUGAUCUUGUCAUGCCAGGUUUUGAACCAGUCUUUCACUUAAGCUCUGUGUGGGAAAAGCAGCGUUUGAAAAAUCAGUAGUCAGUACAUUUGCCAAAAGUUAGGGCUAGAACUGGGUAUGAGAGAAAAGCAAAGUAAAAAACAAACUCAUCAGCCUCCCAGGAGGAACUAAAGUCAGAGAUCAAGCAGCACUAUUAGCCUGUCUUAAUUGACUUUAUUGACUAAAAACUCGUCCUAAAGUUAAGGUGAACUGAUCUUAUUGAAAUGUUGCUGGAUACAUCAUUUUGAAUAGGUUCACUUUGACAAAUGUUAACACACUUUGUCUUUUGUCAAGACGGGCACCACAUCAAUUAAUUCCAUUGCAACACCAUUCUAAAUAAAUACUAAUAGGCUUACGGAUAUGUCAGAACCCCAACUUUCUCACUUGUAUUUGGAAAAAGGAUGGGAAGUUGCUAAUUCAGUGCAAUGCUGACAUCUAAAGGUCAUCUGGGAAAUUGCAACCUCCUCAAGGCCUAAGAAUUCUGACAUCCUGAAAUUCUCUUUGAUGCCAAGUCACGUAACUGAUCUAUUUUAUUGGGUUAUUAAGAUUGAUAUUUUCUUUGCAAUAUUUAUAAUCAGAUGGAGUUUCACAGAUAACUCAAGGCCCUUGAAUGAUUUCAUUCAAGGAAGAAAGAAGACACGUUCCAAUUCAGGUCCUCAAUCUUACUCUAGACAAUUUAUAUUAAUGUUUGCAGCCACCUGGAAACUUAAAUAUGAAUUCUAAUGCAGUAUUAUGAAAUAUGAAAUGGAUAUUCUUCUUAAAGGAUUUGGUUAUUUUGGGGUAUCAGGGAAAAUCAAGCAUUGUAAAGACACCUGAGGUAUCAUUAUAUAACCAGUGUCACAUCAAACUUGUCUCCAACAAAAGAAUGUUCUUAUAUUUUGCAGAUUUAUAGAUUAAACUCAGGCAUUGUGGUAUCUGUGUAAAUUAAAUGUUCAUUUAGCCAAUCAUUUUCUGUCUGGAUCAUACAUACAUUCUGGAUUUUUUUUUAAAAGGAAUCCUAAUUGUACUGUCCCUUAGGGAGUAAUUCUAUGGCAUAUUAUAGAAACUUCACAUUUCAGAGCAACAUUCCAGUUAAAUGCUCAUUUUUAAUAAUUAGCCAGACUUCUAUUCUCACCAUUCUGGGAAAGAAGCCAAUAGUGAGCUAGAUUCCCUUUUGGCAGGAAACUUAUCAACAAACCUACAAAAACUAGCACAUUUAGCACUUUCUUUACUCUUACUCUGGGUUCCAUGUUUUUAGGAAAUAAACUGUAAAUCUCUUUUUGUGUUGGUACUGAUAAAAUAAGCUUUACAAUUUGA